UCUAGAAGCUUCGCCUGGCAACAAGGUGGUCACCGCCCGCGCCUUUUUCUUAUUGGCCGUGGCUGCCCCUUGGUCUUGGCCGUCCUCCCACCCUCCGGCCGCCGCCUUGCUUUUGGCCGCAUCCUGCGAUCGUCAGCCCUCGAAGAUGGUGGAGGCUGGGCCGGCCGCCGGAGGGGAAGCCCUUCGCCUCGGCCUCUGGGCGCUCCUGCUGAGCCUGCCGCUCGUCCCGGCCGUGGAAGUGAAGGACAUGACUCUGUACAUGCUCUUCUAUCAGGAGAGUUUCCCAUCCGGGAAGGAGUCCAGCCAGUUCCUCUCUGAGAUUAACGACGAGGAGACCUUUCACGUGGACGUGGAGAAGAAGGAAACCAUCUGGAGGCUGCCGGACUUCAAGCGCUUUGUGUCCUUUGACACGCAAGCAGCCCUCAGCAACCUGGCCACCAUGAAGAACAAUCUGGGGAUUAUGAUCCAGCGCAGCAACCGAACCCAGGUCCCAAACGUCCCCCCUUCAGUAACAGUGUACCCUGAAGAGCCAGUGGAACUGGGGGACCCCAACGUGCUCAUCUGCUUCGUGGACCAGUUCUUCCCCCCAGUGCUGAACAUCACCUGGCUGAAGAACGAGGAGGUGGUCUCAAAAGGCAUGCAGGAGACAGUGUUUUACUCCAGCGUGGACAACACUUUCCGCAAGUUCUCCUACCUGACCUUCAUCCCAAAGGAAGGAGACUUCUACGCCUGCAAAGUGGACCACUGGGGCCUCCAGGAGAGUCUGAUAUGGGAAUGGCGUAAGCAGGAUUAAGUCUGAAAUCUAGAUUAAAACCAAUAUUCUUAGGAUCUGACCAAUGCAUGCAAAUUACUGGGGAUUUUUCUGAGGUGUGUGCUGUGAUCUCAUCCUGGGUAGUGACAACUUGUGGGUGACGGGACCCUUCAGGAGAAUAGGUAGGACACAGCAGAGAGACAUUUUGGGGGAGGGAACAAAAGAGGAGAGUAAUCUGGAGCUUUGGAUUCACAGAGCAGAGACCAGCAGUACUCCUGGGUUCUCUUCCUUAGCCAAGAAAGGACAACAGAAGAAAUGAAAACAGGACCAGAGUCCAUCCUUAAUCACUGGCUCUCCUUUUUCUUCCUUUGCUUUCCAGAUCCCAGGCAACCGACUCCCCCUCCCAAGACAACAGACACGGUGGUCUGUGGCCUGGGCUUGGCCUUUGCUGUUCUGGGCAUCGUUGCUGGUCCCGCCCUCUUCUUCAAGGCCAGGAAGAUGAAGGAGGCCAACCAUCACAGGAGCAAUAAUUAGCCCCAGUUCAGUGACCAUCCGAUGUCAGCUUGUCUUCGUGACUGAGUCCCAAGUCCCAAUUCUGAGUCCCCAAGUCAUCAGUCCUGCCCCCAGAGGCAUGGGAUUCUCGACCCAGAGUGUGCAUGCGCCACCCAGCUGAUAGGUCAGCACAUGUGCAAAGAAAGCAGGCUGACCUCCAUUCCCGGUGCCAGCCUGCAGCCUUUGCACAUGCGCACGUCCUACGCUUUUCGUAUGCUGAAAUGACACCGUCUACUUCUGAAAGAGGCAUGAAAGGGCUUCUCCUCCACCCUUUUCCAUCCUGCGACUGGAACAGGGAGUGACGCUCUGAGAUUCAUCUUCUGCUGGAGGACUGAAGAGCCCAAACACAGAUCAGAAAUGGCUGGAAGAGAUCCUCGUUCACAGAGUCUGCUUUUCCCUCCAUUUCCUGGUUUAAAUUCUUCUCCAUGGUAGAUCAAUCGGCAAUUCAAGAAAGCAUCGGUUUUGAUUUUGGAACACAUAGUAUGUCAAAACAUCAAACAGAGGGAGAAUGAAAAGGGUCCUCCCACUUCAGCCAUAAAAAUGUGUAUUCCGCAUUCUUCCCCCCAAAAUCCACCUGCCUCCUUCAUUGGGAAAUUUCAGGCAAUCACUAAAAACAUGGUUAUUCAGAGCGGCCUUCCCGGACUCUAUGAUACCCUGAUACAACAGCACUUAAAUAACCAGGUAUUCGCUAACUUUUAACCCUCCACCGUGCUUUCCUUAUUGUACUUUAAUGUUUUGUUGAUAUUAUUUUCACUUGUUUAUACUUUAUUCAUUAUUCUGUAUUACUGUCCUGUUAUUGUACUGUUCUGCCUUUAGAUU